GAACACUUUGGUUCUGACUUUGCAAUGGCUCAAAGGAAAACUCAUUCUCCUACAUAUUGGUGGCGAAUGUUUGGGUCACAAACUCCAAAUUUGCAAAAGCUAGCUAUUAAAAUUUUGAGUUUGACUUGCAGUGCUUCAGGAUGUGAAAGAAAUUGGAGUGUGUUUGAGCAAAUUCAUUCCAAAAAAAGAAAUAGGCUUGAGCACAAGAGGUUGCAUGAUUUGGUGUUUGUCAAAUACAACCAACAAUUGAAGCAAAGAUAUAAUGCAAGAGAUGAAAUUUAUCCAAUUUCUCUUAAUGAUAUUGAUGUGUGCAAUGAAUGGCUCGUGGGAGAGAUGGAUCAAUGCUGGAAAUGAUUUGGUAUUUGAAGAUGUUGAUGCUCUAAAUUGGGCAACUGUGUAUCAGGCUUCGGCGGUUGGAGAGUGUAGGAUGUAUACUAGGCGGAAAAAG